AAUUGGAUGGGUGAAAUUCCAGUCAAUUUACAUGAAACUCCAUUAAACCAAUUAGCAAUUCCAGGUUCACAUGAUUCAGCAUCUUUUGAAUUUGAUAAAAAUGGUGGAGUUGGGCCAGAUGCUGCUCAGAUUGUCAAACAACUAGAAAAGUUAUUUGGUCCAUUUAUUAAAGAUGUAUUAUAUCGCUGGGCUAAAACACAGAAUAUGAAUUUUACCCAACAAUUAACGGCUGGCAUCCGUUACUUUGAUUUUCGUGUAUCUACGAGACAGGGUUAUCAAGAUCUUUAUUUUCUUCACAGUUUAUAUGCCGAUAAAGUAGAGAAAGGACUUCAUGAUAUUGAUAUAUUUCUUGAUUCCCAUCCUAAAGAAAUAGUUAUACUUGAUUUUAACCACUUGUAUGCCAUGGGAGCAUUUCAACAUAAACAGCUAAUUUCAAUGAUACUGGAAAUAUUUGGGUACAAAGUAUGUCCAUUAGUAGAUAUGAAUAGUUUAAAUCUGAAUAUGAUGUGGGAAAAUAAACUUCAGGUAAUUGUUAUAUAUCACGACCCAGUAGCUUUAGAAAAUCAUAUGAUAUGGCCAGGAAGUUGUAUUCGAGCCCCAUGGGCUAACACUGUUGAUGUUCAAUACUUAUUACAAUAUUUAGAUAAUGUGUACACUUCAGGACAUAGUAAUAAUAUCUUUCUGUCCUAUCAAGGAAUAUUAACAGCUAGUACUAAGUUUGUGAUAGAACAUAUAUUAGGUAGUUUAGAGAAAGAGUUAUCUGAUAAAGCCACACCAGCCAUUGUGCAAUGGUUAGCUGAUAAACAGAUAGGACCAAACAAUCUUAAUAUAUGUAUUACUGAUGUCACAGAUCAGUAUGAUUUUAUAUCUACUAUUAUCAGUAAAAAUAAGUAGUCUAUCAAAGUUGAUAGAAUAUAAAGUGUUUGACUUGAUGCAAAAAGUUGUGCUCAGACUAACUCUCAACAUUUCCAAUCUGGAUUUGGCUAUGCAAUUAUUGCAAGAUACAGCUUUUAAUGUCAAUUGAAUCAAAAACUACUGGUAUCUCUGAAUAAGAGAGUAUUAAACCUAAAAAUAACUGAAACAUAUUUCUCUCAAUAGUCAUUCCAAACCAUACUGUACUUUUAUAGGCCCACAUUGGAGUGUAUAUGGUGUCACCAAUGUCCAUCCGUCCACAAUUACUUAUAUAUACUUUAAAAGGAUCAAUUCUCCACAGAUUUUGAUGAAAUUUUUUGGAAAUAGGAAUUCUUUUAUUUCUAUGAUCUUUUGUAAUUGAGUUUAGCUACUGAUUUGCUUGGAGAUUUUUUAAGAAAAGCCUAACCUCUAUAUGUCAAGGAGUUAAAAGGCAUUGUUAGUGCACCCUUGUUUGUAUACUGUGGUAUUGCUCAAGAUGUGCGAUAAUUGAUAUUUCAUCUAUUUGUUUUAUUUUCUAUAUAACUUAUACAGUUGUUAUUAUAAAACUAUUUUGGCGUCUGCCAUCAAUAAAAUUGUCUAUUAAAAC